AUUUCAUCUUCUAUAGACGGCUGCCGUCACUAUUUCACAUGAACGCUUGGUGAUAUAAGGGUUUCAAUUGCACAUCUACGCAGGUACCUAUCCGGAUGGACGUAUUAUGAGUGCGCCAAUCUACACAGCGUCUACCGCGAAUGUCGAUGAGGAUAUUCUCUCCAUCACAGUCCAUCCGAGGUAAUACGCUCACGAUUUGAUAAUUCCAACUCCAAACAAUGCGUCUUCGAAAGUCCAACAAAGAGGUACAUUUCAACGCCAGUAAUAUUCUAGAUAUUUCCGAUGGAGAGCAAUCGACCGUGGCACAUCAAAGCCGCCAAUCAUCUGAUGAUGAGUUCGUAGUGGCCGCUCAGCAGCAGCUGGACGAUGAAGAUGAGCAUGAUGUUGUCCCAAACGACUUGUCCGAUUUCGAAACACAAAAAGGCAAGAAGUCGGAAUCAAAGCGAAAGAGGAACCGGCGCUCCUGGGUCCCGACAAAUGCAGCUAACUCAUUAAGCAAAGUUCAGCCCUACCCAACAGAUCCAUCUCAGAAAUGGACAAGAACAUAUGUUGGCCCAGUAAAGAGAUGGACACGAUUACUCUAUCUAGUGGAUUACUGGUUCGGCGACAUGGAGAACCGUAGGGAGAUAUUCAACGGAUUCAUGAACCUCUGGUUCAAUUUCCAACUCAUUCCUCCUAAACUUCCAUUAGGAUCCCGCCAGUUGGAGUUGGCAAGAAAUGGAUGGAUGCCUGACGACUUCGCCCAGGAUAUGGAAGAUAAAUUUCGCAGUUGGUAUCUAAGAUAUCUUUCCAUGACAACUACACCACAGGUACCAACUGUAAUCGACAAGACCAAGGCAUUUCGAUGGUUUCUUCCACAGACCAAGAGCGACAUGGGUGUUUUGCUUGGCCAUGUAUCGAACCAGAAGGAAUACCGCAUCAAGCAAGGCGAAUCUAUACCAUUCUCCGACUGCGGAAUACCGAUCGAAGAUGAAGGCAACCACAAGGUACAAAGUGGAGGUUGGCUACUUGACGUGGGAGGCAUCGUCCUCUCUAUGGGAUGGGCUCCUAUCAAAGGGGAGGUCGACCAAUUCCUAGCUAUGGCAAUCAUCCCAUAUGCAGACCAGGCUUAUUAUAAGAAUCUUGAUGAUAUACCCAAGGGAUCGGAGUUGAAGGAAGGAAAUAUUCAAAUUUGGAAGUUCGAAGCGGAAAAAGAUCAUAAAGGCGUUCUCCGACCAGCACAUUCUUCUCCGAAAUUAGCCCAUGCGCUAUGCUUUCAUUGGGGAAGGGCACUGCGAAUGCAAUGGUGUCCGGUUCCGCUUUCAACCGAUGACAAUAUAGCUCUGAUAGCCGCGCUAUGUGGCGAUGGGACGUUGAGGGUUAUCAAGAUCACACUUGGCACAGAGAACGAUGGCGACGGAACAUUUGAGGAAUUGCAGGAGCCGAUGGCCACUAUCAAGCCCCCUAAAGAGUAUACCCUGGAAAUCAACUGCUUUACCUGGUUGAAUAUGAAUCGGAUUGCUGUUGCUCUUUCGGAUGGAUCGGUAGUGGUAUGGUCUAUUUCGCCCUGCCUGCCUCUGAUGCGCCACCCUGUCCACGGGAGCCCUAUUAUGGACAUCGUAUCCGGCUACCCUUCUAGUCCCUUUAUCAUCGCAACAAUGCCAAUGGGUGGAAUGUUCACCUUAACUGAUCUAAACCGACCAACUGCAGAGAAGACGUAUCACGGCAAUCCCGUGGUUUCUCUUCAACCAAAUACCCUUGUGUGGAACGACCACUUACGAGGUUUCGCAUCCAUAUGGCCCACAUCUUUUCCGGGAACUUCUACUAUUUCCUUCGUACACUCUCGGGUAUUCCCUCUAUCUCGUCACAUAUGUACCGUCGAGGGACAGACGAUGUGCCUUGCAUUUGGAACGUGUCAUCCGUACCUCCUCGCUGGAAGCUCGGAUGGCUCUGUUUGGGCUCUCAACGUCUUGCGCAAAAUGUCAUCACACAGGGACAAGACGCACAAACUAAAAAUAUUCCAGCAUGAGUAUUGUGCACCGAGACCACUAGGCACCGAGACCGACAAUGACGAGCGAAACUCGCGCCGUGGCACAUGCCGUAUCCUCCAUGGCUUUCUUCCGCAGGUAAAUAUACACCCUCUCGGUGUGAGAGUCGCGAAGGAAAGCAGAGUCAAACGGGCCAAAAAAGAGAAGGCUGGUAAAGGAAAAGCCAAGAAAGCAGAUGAUGGUCCCGUGUCUGAUGAUUCGGAGCGAGAAGAUGACGAUAACUUCACCAUGGUACCGGGACCAAUUACUAUUCAUGAACCUUUAACCCGUAUUACGGCCUUGUCGUGGAAUCCAAAUGCUGAAUUCAGCUGGUGGGCUGCGGCUGCAAUGGGCUCCGGAUUGGUAAGAGUUACGGAUGUCGGUAUUGAAGAUGAUCAAGAAGGAUCACACGAACACCGCGGAAAGUCAGAGUCCGUUGACCCAGGAGAUGCAACGGCUGGUGACAUUGAUGGCCUCGAUGAUGAAGAUGAGAUGGGAGAAGAGUCAGAUGCAGAUAUCAAUAUGAUGCUGUAUGACUGAGUUGAUGUCCAGAUAAGGUCAGACUGGACGUGAGUUUAUGGGUGAAUUUCAAUCGCAUACAGAUGAUACCCGGUGCCCUAAGGGCAUCUUUAGCUAAAGAUUGAGCUUAUUUUGCAAUUUUCUUACCUGGUUACUGAUCUUGAUG